GUCUGCGUCAUCUCGCUCGCGCUGUUUCUGGACAUCGAUCGCUUGUGUGAGCCAGCGACGAGCUGUUGCAUCCUUCUCGCGUCCCAUUUGAUCCCAGCCCGCGGCCGAUCCAGAUCCAGGCGCUCGGGCCUUUCACUGCUCCUUAGACAGCCUAAGCCUGGCCGGAUACAUAAUAAACCUUCAGUCCACUCACACAAAGAAGAGAAGCCUCCGUCUCCGCCUUCCGCUCAUCGACAACGCCAGGUCCCUGGGGUGUACCAGAGAGAGAGUCGUUCGUCACCAGUCUCUGUCACGCUCUCUGUCUCUGCAGCAGCUCACGUUGCCGUCGCUCAUUACACCCGUCGCACCCCCCGCCCGCUGUCUCUCUCUCCUCUUCCCUCACCGGCACCCUGCUCCUGUUUUGACGCGUUGUCAUCAAUCAUAUCUUGGAUCCCUCUGCAACCCAGUCGCAUCUCUAGCCGAUCCUAGUCCGUGACCUUGUAACAGGGGGGAAAAGGCAAAGGCUCAUUUCGACGUGGGUUCAAGGACACUUCGUGCUUGCUCGUUAAAACAAAGGCCCACCCGGCUGUAUCUCCAAAUCUUCCCCCAAAUAUUGGGCCUCGCGCAGCCUUGUUCGACCUCGCCUCGUCGCACAGCAUCUGCACAACCUGACAAUCCGGUCUCGCUCAAAGCUCUUGUUCUACGGCCAAAAACCACUCGUCUCACCAAGCACUACUCUGCUUUGUCCGCGAUCCCGUGCCUUGGGAUCGGAUUGCUACCUCGCUCGAAAUUGCGUGGUGGCAUUUGGGACUGACUUGCGCUGACUUGUUGCACCUGUUCGACCUAUAGGCGCAGGUACCAACGACCGUGCUUUCUCUGGGCCACAUCCAGCGAAAGGCCAUCGAGAGCUGACGCGUGGUCUGCCUUCGGGUCAACAAACUCAACAAUCUCCAGCAGCGCGUUCACUUCGCUUUGUCCGUCACGGGCUACAGCAAAGACUGUCCGCUUGGUCGUACACCUGAGGCGACCUUCAAAGCGCGGCCUGACCAUUUGCAGGUGGUAGGAAGUUUCGCCUCCUAUCAGCAUCGAACGCUUUGGCCCCUCGGCCUUUAACAAGAAAACCACCGUCACCGUGGCUGCCGCAGUAGCUCAUCCGACCCAUAUGCACCCUGGGCCGGAUCCGAUGGGUGCUCCAGCAAGCUUCGCGCAGCGCAGACCGAACGCUCCAAGCCUGCCUCAAUUCGACCUUCCACCCUUCCCCAAACACCCAUAUUCGGUUUCAGGAUCGCAAGCAGGUCAAACUCCUGCUAGCCUCGCUAGCGUUGGAAAUCUUCUCACGCCCCCAAGCACAGUUGCAGGAGAUGGUAACAGCCCACAAUUGACUGGCGUUCCAAGUAGCAGUGCUCCACCUCCGGUAGCUUCGACAUAUGCACCGAAUACUGGUUACGCAGCGUGGUCACCGCCAAAUCAAGGCAAUCCUUCAUAUGCGUUCAAUCACAGCAACAACUCAACACAGUCGUAUCAACAUCCGCAGCAACGAACAUACUCACCCCAUCAGAACGUAGUCCGGAACUCGCAGUCCCAAGCGCAGGAGUCACCUAUGCCAGCCGCUCAUUACGAAGUGGCUCAAUCCCCAUAUCAGAACUCGGGUCCGAUGUCGACUCCCGCAACACUUGCUACGAUGGGGCCGCCCCAGAGCCAUCCACUACCGUCUCCACAGCAGCAUUCAGCCCCUAUGAUGGGGUCAUCCACUCCUGUCUCCAGCGCUGCUGGUCCGUCGCCUGUACACACGCAAGAACCAUUCAGACCAGGUCCGUCGCAGUACUACUCGCAUCAACCUCCAAAUACCCCACACUCAGGCUAUCCGUACUCGACAGGGCCAUCUCCAACCAUUUCUACCCCGCUAAGCGCAGGUGGUCCAAUGACCUCCAGGCCUCAGAUGUCACCGGCUACUCCAGGCCCUCUUUCAGCUCCUCCCGUAGGUGCAGGCCACUACCCCGGACGAGCAUUUUCGGCCGGAUAUCCUGGUGCUCCUCAUCAUGGUCCCGUCCUCUCAAAUUUGAGCAAUCCUGGUGGUCCACCAAUGCUUGUGGGGAACUUGCCCACGGGAAUGAUGAACUUCAACAGUGGCCACGCAGCUAGCCUGCAGCACAUGUACAACAAUUCGCCACAUCCGCCCUCGCAGCCAGCACACAAUGAUCGUCCUUUCAAAUGCGAUCAGUGUCCUCAGAGUUUCAACAGAAAUCAUGACCUGAAGCGCCACAAGCGCAUACAUCUUGCAGUCAAACCAUUCCCAUGUGGCCACUGCGACAAGAGCUUCUCCCGAAAGGAUGCCCUGAAGAGACAUAUUUUGGUCAAGGGCUGUGGAAAAGCUCAAGCCGAGGCCGACGCUAAGAAGAGCGAAACAUCAUCAGAUGUCAAGAACGAGAAACACGAUGUCAAACCAAUUCAAGCGUAAUUUUUUCUCCACCAGCUCGAGCGGGCUUGAUUGGCGUUGAUUGUAUCAUUACCUUGUGAAAAGAUAAAUGCGGACUUGGGAAAUGGGCAUCAUUAGGAGGGACGAGUAAUAUUCCCCAACGCCACGAAUAGGAAACUCUGGGAUUACAACGGGAAAGGAGUUUUUGUCGUCGGCGUGUUCUUCGAUCGCGGAUACCUAUCUGUUCAUACCUCGUCGCCCUUGUUACUCCUCCCAUCCCCACCACUAUUACAUCCCUUUCAAUAUCGUCUUUGCUCUUGGGUAUCUAGGCUCGAACGAACUCGAAGUCCGGAAUGAAGGAAAAAAAAGCGCAUUGUGUUCAGGUUUUUGACUGCGCAUGGAAAGGGAAAUGGGGGCAAGGGAAUUAUGAGCGAAGAUUUUUUUUAUCCGACACCACAAUACCCUUAAUGCCUUUUUUGACUUUGGAAGAAUUGAAUCAUUGUUCUCUGA